CCCACAAGACAUUCAACACACGCUUAGAUCAAAGGCCUCAAAGGCAUUUGUUGAAGCCUUUGUCCUCAUUCUCCUUCUUGAAUCGGAUCCAACCCAAUACGAACCAAAUAAAGUCCAGUACUGCAAGAUUGAAAUAGGCCUACGUUUUCAAGAGAACCUCGAGCUCCAUCAUUUAAUCACCUACAGGUAG